CUUAAACAAUCCACAUGUUCGAUCUGUAAUAGCUCUUGGGUUAUAAAUACCAAUAGUUAUUGACUUUCCAGGCCAGUGUACACGAACGAGAGGUGAAUGGAAUAGUGUCACAGUUUUAAGAAAACAGAGUAGUAAUGGCUGAAGCUGGACCCAAGAAGACCGUCGAGGUAGACAAAGACCAUCUCUCCUGCUGCAUAUGCUUAAAUCUGUUGUCAGUGCCAAAGCCUUUACAGUGCUGUCACACGUUCUGCAGGCAGUGUCUUCAGAAGUACAUAGAAGAGCAGGAGGAUGCCUCACACAAGAAAGGGUUUGACUGUCCAGUGUGUAGGCAGUUCACAGCAAUACCAAACCCAAUGGCGGGAUGGGCAGACCAAAUUGUGACAGACUUCCGAAUUCAAGCCAUGAUUGAUGAUUCGCCGGAUUCGGGUGGAAAGCAAGAUAUUGCAGAAGAUUCAACCAGUUUAAAAAUGAGAAAUGCUGCAGCAGAGAAACAAAAGUUCACCCUAAAGAAUACUGUUAGAAUUAAGGCUAAUGGAGAUGAACAUAAACCAAAUUUUACCGAUGUAAUUGUCCUGUACCAGGAAGGUGGAGAGGUCAUCGUUACUUGUGAUUACAAAAAUGUAUGUGUGAAGGCAUUCUACUUCGAUUCACAUAAAGAUAUGGAGUUAACUAGUAAACUAAUUAUUACUGAAACUAAUUACUGUCCUCAAAAAGUAGCAAAAAUAAACGAAACCCAAAUUGUUGUUUCCUGUUUACAAAGCACAAAUAUAUACAUUAUAAACGUUAAUAAUGGUUUCAGUAUCCAUGCGACGAUAGACACUGGGGUGUUCAAUCGAAGUAUUGCAGUUGUCAGAAAUCAACCCCAAUCUGCACCCGACAUUCGACUGGUAAUUGGCGUUGAAAGAGAAUUGUCGAUUAUUGAUAUGGGCGGCGUGAUUAUCAAAAGGAUGGAUGUCGACAUUUGUGGUGAAACAUACAUACAACAACCUUGGUUCCUAGCAGUAACACCUGCUGGCAAUAUACUUGUUUCAGACAAAGACAACUGUCUGCUUUGUGUAUCCCCAAAAAGGGAAGUGUUGUGGAAAUAUCCAACACAAAAUCCAGCUGGCGUGGAUUGUGAUGCACAAGGUAACAUAUACCUUGUAUCAGGCUGUGAAAACAAGGUAGUUCUUCUGUCACCCGAUGGAGAGUUCCUCAAAGAUGUACUGACGGAUAAUGACAACAUAAAAGAACCACGUGGAGUUUACUGUGACCGCGUGAAAGAACGAUUAUACAUAGCAGAGCUCGGCGGUUUGAUAAAGGUGUUUGAACUUCAGUGACAAAUUAAAGCGACGAAUUCUAAUUUUUAAACACUACAUGGCGUAUCUUUCAAUAUUGGAGCCGGUUUUGAUAAUUGAAUUAAAAUUACUUAGAUUUUGUUAUUUAGAUUAUCCAUUUCCAUGCAUACAAAAUGUUUCUGGUCUUCCUGGUGUUUCUAAUGCCACGACAUGCAUUUUUCAUAUUACAAACGCAUGUACUUCCAAGAGGUUAUGGAUGUGAACUGUAAUCUUUAAAACAAAACAAAAAUUCACUGUUUCAUCGUCACAAACUCUUGAAAACUUUAAACUUGUAACUUUAUUCAAACGUAGG